AUGUCUGGAAUAGGAUUCGUAGGAGAACCUAUUGUCGUAGAAAGCCCAAACGUCGAAUAUAGUAAGAAUGAGAUCAUUUCUCGCUAUGAGUAUCGUGAAUCAAGAGUGGUGGGCAAUCGUGUGACUCCGUUAAACGAAAAUCUCAUUUUCAAAACUCAAAGACAAGUACCUAAGACAGGUGUCCUUUUGGUUGGAUGGGGUGGCAACAAUGGUACCACGCUCACAGCUGGUAUCUUGGCCAACAAAUUGAAAACCACCUGGAUGACUAAGGAAGGCGAGCAUCAUGCCAAUUUCUUGGGAAGCAUCUGUCGUUCAGUUACCAUGAGGAUUGGAAUUGAUGAUAAUCUCCAGCCAGUCCACGCUCCUCUCUACGACGUCGUACCAAUGCUAAAUCCUGUCGACUUAGAAAUCUGGGGAUGGGAUAUUUCAAGCAUGAAUAUCGCAGAUGCCAUGGUAAGGGCCAGAGUUUUGGAUUAUGACCUCCAAAGAAAACUUUACCCUGAGCUUAAAGACAUGGUCCCAUGGCCUUCAGUUUAUUCAGAAGAUUUCAUCGCUGCCAACCAAAAUGAUAGAGCAGAUAAUGUCAUUCAAGGGACAAAACAAGAGCAGCUCCAAGCAUUGAGACAAAAUAUUAGAGAAUUCAAACAGUCAAAAGGAAUCGAAAAUGUUAUUGUUCUCUGGACUGCUAACACUGAAAGAUAUGCAGAAGUCCGUGAAGGCGUGAAUGACACAGCUGAUAACCUCUUAAGAGCAAUAGAGGCCAAUGAAUCAGAAAUUGCUCCAUCAACAAUCUUUGCAGUGGCGAGUAUAUUAGAAGGAUGUACUUACAUUAAUGGAUCCCCUCAAAAUACACUAUUACUUUUUUUUCUUAUAAAACAUAAAAUUUUUUCUUUUUUUUAUUUAUUAAUAAAAAUGUUAAUAGCUUUUAAUUUCUGUGGUUUAAUUUAUUCUUCUAUUAUCUUUUUUUAAAUUUAUAUUAUUCGAAUAAUUUACUGUACAUUCAUACCUGGCGUGAUUGAACUCUCAGAAAGACAUCAAGUCCUUAUUGCUGGUGAUGACUUCAAAACCGGCCAAACAAAGAUUAAGACUGUGCUUUCUGACUUUUUAAUCAACUCUGGUCUUAAGCUGGCUUCGGUAGUCAGCUAUAACCAUUUGGGUAACAAUGAUGGGAAAAACCUCAGUGCCCCGAAGACCUUCAGAUCAAAAGAAAUUUCAAAAAGUGGAGUCAUUGACGAUGUUAUUAGAGCCAACAGGCUCAUUUAUGGAGAAAAUGAGCAUCCAGAUCAUUGCGUAGUUAUCAAAUACGUCCCAUACGUCGGAGACAGUAAGAGAGCUAUGGAUGAGUAUACAAGUGAAAUUUUUAUGGGUGGCAGAAACACUAUUGUAUUACAUAACACCUGUGAGGACUCAUUGCUAGCUGCACCUAUUAUAAUGGAUCUCAUUCUUUUAGCAGAACUUUGCACCAGAGUAGAAAUUAAAAGAGCUCAAGACGAAGAAUACACCAGAAUGCACCCAGUUUUGAGCAUUUUAAGCUUCUUAUUGAAAUCACCUCAAGUCCCUUCUGGAUCGCCUGUUGUUCACUCUUUAUUCAACCAAAGGUACUCGAUUACUAAUUUCCUCAGAGCUCUUGUUGGACUUCCUCCAGAAACAUUUAUGCUCCUUGAGCACAAGAUUCCUUCAUUACAAAAUCGUAAAUCAUAA